UAUUGGUACUUGUCUUGUGUUGUGUUGUGUGUUGUGUUGUCACAAAAUUGUCCAAGAGCAGAAUUUGUAAAUCCGAUAUCGUCUGAUAACCAACUUAAGCUUACGCCCAACUAUUGCUCAUUUUAAUAUUGUGGAAGCAAUUUAAAAUAGAUCCUCAAAAAAUCUUGAUUAAAUGAAUUUUUCACGUACCUCUGCAGCUUCCAACAAUCGUCGUCUUAACGAAUCUUCAACUACCUAUCCCAACAAUGUCCGCAAACAAAGCUGACCAAUGAACCCCUCAAACAGCCACACUCAUCAUUAUAGUAAAUUAUCGACAUCGGAGACUUUGUCAGCUAAUCCUAGCAGCACAAGUAACAAUAGUGUGAUGUACACAAGAGAUUGGAGGUCAGCGCUUCGCUCACCGCCAACCUAUCGGCUUGGCAAUCGAACGUUUCGUUUCAAUUAUCACUUUGCCCUACUGAUAGCAGCAUCGAUAUCUUUGGGAAUGGUGUUUAUUUACAUGAAGGCAAAAUCCACAUCAUCAUUUGAAACAGUUAGUACGUUGUCAGUGUUUAGUCGAAGCAUUUAUAACACGACGUACCCAUUGACGCCGCCGAAAUAUGCGCGUGGCAUACAAACUUUUCGAAUUGGAAUGGUUGCCGAUUUGGAUACAGCUUCAAAAAUCGGACACUCCUGGAAGAGCUACUUUAAGAAAGGUUAUUUAACUUUUAUCGAAUCUAGAAGAGAAUUGAGAAUCAUUUGGGAUGAUCAGGAACCUCAAGCAAUUGAAAGCAGUUUCUCACUCAAAGAUCGUGGCAUGGAACUAUCCGAAUUGGUUACUUUUGACGGAAAACUACUUAGUUUCGACGAUAGGACAGGACUUGUCUAUAAGUUAGAAAAUGAUAAGCUCAUUCCUUGGGUGAUAUUACUCGAUGGCGAUGGUCAAUCGAGUAAAGGUUUCAAGUCGGAAUGGGCGACUGUUAAAAAUCAAAUGCUCUAUGUGGGAUCAAUGGGGAAAGAAUGGACAACAUCGCAGGGUGAUUUCGAGAACGAGAAUCCAAUGUUUGUGAAGAUUAUUUCGCCGGGAGGUGAAGUUCGCAGUUUGGAUUGGUCGUUUAAUUAUAAGGUGCUACGUGAAGAAUCAAUGGGAAUUGUUUGGCCAGGUUAUAUGAUUCAUGAAAGUGGUGCUUGGUCGGAUGUUCACCAGAAAUGGUUCUUCCUGCCGAGAAGGUGUUCCAAAAACAAGUACAAUGAAACCCGCGAUGAGCAUAUGGGAUGUAAUUUACUUAUAAGCGCAGACGAGCGAUUUUCAAAAGUCACAACGAUAACCUUAGAAAAUAAGGAACCAACUCAUGGUUUUUCAAGCUUUAAAUUUAUUCCAGGCUAUGAGGAUAAAUACAUUCUAGCUAUAAAAUCUGAAGAAUUAAAUGGAAAAACUUCAACUUUCAUCACAGUAUUUGAUAUUGAUGGUAAUGUCUUGUAUCCUGAACAAAGAAUACCAACUGAAUUCAAAUAUGAAGGAAUCGAAUUCAUUUAGUGAAUUUUAUAGUUUUAUGUUUUAAGCUUUAAUAAUUGUAUGAUGAUUAUUGUGGUGUAUAUUUUGUAAAUGUAUUAAUAUUAUGUUAGUUCGGAAUUGUAAUCUUGCCUAGUUAUUUAUUUAUUUGAAAGCAGAAAUUAUAAUAAUUAUAUAGAAAAACGAAAUCGUUCCGAUGACAAAAUCUGA